GGCAAAUAUGUCUUUACUCUUUCAGAAAAUUGAUAAUCGAACAGUCAGAAUAAUAGAGACUUGUUAAUUUGUUAUUUUUCCGAACUAAGCUAACUUGAUGAGCGCUCUUUUUACCCGAAAAACUUCGCAGAUGUUCUCAUGCUGAAAUGCGAAACCAAUAAUUGUUCGGCCGCGAAUAGUCUUGAAUCUGGAAUUGCUUCUUUAAGCGCGAGGAGUCCGUAUUCUAGCAGCAUACAUUCGCCUAACAGCAACAGCAGACCGAACAAUUUGAUGAAUCUGGGAAAUGGGUUUUUCGCGAACUCAGCCAGUCAAUUGCAAAGACCGCAGCCACCGCCUCUGUUAGGACCAGCUAUAGGAAAUAUGCAAAUACCAGUGUCAGGAAUUUUGAACAACAGCAACAUUUUGAAAACAUCCCUUCUCAAUACACCAAGCUCUGAAAAUAAUGCAAUUGAUUUGCCUGGAUCUUGUGUACCAACAAAAGACUGCGAGACAAUUGCUGCUCUGGAUCUAUGGCAGGAGUUCUGUAGAAUAAACAACCUUGAUGGUAGAAAACCGCAGCGAAGACGACGCCAGGCUUGUCAGAAAAUAGAAUCUGGUGGAAAAUGCAAGAUAUGCAGCGAUACAGCCACGGGAUUCCAUUACGACGUGUUAUCCUGUGAAGGAUGCAAAGGCUUCUUCCGCAGGAGUGUCACAAGCAACACUUUGAACAGGUGUGCGAGCAGGGCAGCGAGUGGGGUCAAGUGCGACAUCAACAUCUUCUACAGACGCAAGUGCCAGGAGUGUCGCUUCCUCUCCUGCCUAGAGGCUGGCAUGCGACCCGCAAGCCUGUCUACAACUCAGCCAGGCAAGGGUGCAAAGAAACAACGCAUAUCAUCAUUCUCCUCCUCCUCUUCCACACCCUCUCUCCUUCACCCCCACCCUCACAACUCCCUGCUUCAAGGUAACAACAACAACAACAACAACAACAGCAGCUCUAACUCCUCCUCCCUACCUCUUCACCACCAUCUGCAUCACAACGCCAACAGCCCCUCACAUGCACAACACCACACCCUGUCACCUAGUACCACCCACCCCCACUAUUCAACCACACCUACAGGGGGCAUCACAACACCUUCUGUGUCCGGAGGCGGUGGUGGUGGUGGAGCUGGAUUGGUUCCCGCACCUCCUCGAGGUCCAAUGAGUCAAGGAGGACUAGGCAUGGGUGUCUCGAACCCAGCGGCGGCAAUGGCUGCCCUACUGAGCAGCACUUCGCCCCACCAUCAGCACCGGAUGUUGCACAAUAGUGGAGGCACAAUCGAGCACUCUGCUGGUGGUUUCACUGCAUUGUCAAAUCACCCUCACCUCGCCUCUUUUCUAGACAACAAUCAUAAUAAAAGGUCUUCGGCUGAGUUCCCCGUGCUUUUCAACUUUGCUUCCGUAGGAGCCUCCUCCUCUUCCGUUGCUCUAAACACUGCCGUCAGUGCCGCCGCCGCCGCCGCACAAGCCCAAGCGGACAACUCAUCAGCAAUUGCCGCUCUCUAUAGAGAUCGUUUAAACAGUAGUGGCAGCAUCGGAUGCGGGGGCGGAAACAUUCCCCACGGAAUGCUAUCGCGACAUCACAGCACAGACGGGAGCGGAGGAGGGAGCAGCUCAGUUCCUUCACUGUCACCGCUCGGGGCGAACGGGAGUCAACAACACCUCGCGUCAACUCGGCAUGUGAGUUCAUCGCACGCACCUUACAACAGUAAUAGUCAGAGACAGCGAUGGCCUUCCGGCACCUCUGGGUCUGCAAUGAACCUCGGAACGACACCACAGUUAUCCGGAAACAACCUCGCUAGUUUGGAGUCUCCGCAUCCUUCGAACUGCAGCUCCUUCUCAAGUCCUGCAACCACGCCGCCUAGUAUGAACUCAGUAAAUACAAGUAGUGUUAGUACAGGAUCCUCGUUCGUUGACUUGGAAGGCGAGUUGAAUAUCUCCUCCACUCCGGAGCAAAGGGGAGAGAGGGAUACCUCGUCGCCGACGUUCUUCAAGUACUCGUGCAAGUGUAAACACCAAGAGCAGCCUUACGGUACAGUUCAUUGUUCUCAGAUGACGGGCGACUAUGGCGAGUACUUCCACAGUCUGGUGAAUGCACUGGAGAAGUAUGGGCCGAACCUGAUGCAGAGCGAUAUCUACAUUCCCACAUCGUGGCCUACUGUAGAAGACUGUGCAACUGAGAGCCCCGACAAAGUGCACUACAUGCGCAAGAAACACCUCACUGAGAUCACAGUACUCUGUAUUAAUGCACUAAUAGAGUGCUUCAAGAAGUUCGAACACUUUUACGGUCGCUUCGACGAGCAGGCCCUCUUUCACCUCAUGUGCAAGUCUUUUCUAGAGAUGCUGAUGAUCUACAUGGCGCAACACUACAACCCAGAAAAGAAGACGCUGUCUCUUCUCUCUGGAAUCGAACUGGACCAGGGCUCCCUCCAGAAGGGUGGUCUGAACAACUUCUGCGAACCCAUGCUUAAAUUCGCAGAGUCCUGUCACAAGCUGGAUCUGCAGAAGGAGGAGUACUACUUGCUCGGAGCACUCAUCCUCUUCCAACCACACAAAAUUUCGGAAGAUUUGGACGUGGUUUCCGAGAAGUCGAUAGAUCGUGAAAAGUGUAAUGCGAUGCGAGACGUCUACUUGGAAGUGCUAGUCGAAUACGAGCGGAUUCAUCGGCCGCCCGAAGUGGCUCGACAGCUGGUGCCACGACUUGUGCUUCUGCUCGCCGACUUGAGCGAACUACGACAUGUACACGAGAACUUUUUCGACGAGUUUGACGUCACGCCUCCCGAGAAGCCGACAAGUACGCCGGAAAUGCACGAAAAACCGCCACUGCUUCAGAGUAUAUGGAACGGGAAAAGUGAAAAUACGUCGCCGAAAUCGGAGUCGCCUACGAGUAGUGUGAGUGGUAGAGACACGCUAUCGCCAGAUAUGAAUGGCGAAAAUGACGACCGACAGAGCUGUGAAAAUGAGGAUGAAAAAGCGACUAAUGAAUGUAAAUACGGAAUGAAAAAAGAAGAAUUGGGAGAGGACGAUGAAGCUGCAAUUAUAAGUGUGAUUGCUGAUGCGAAAAAAGAGUUGGGCGUUUGACUUUCUUUUUUUAAUGUCGCGUCGCGUUUUGAGAAGAAGGAUAAAAGCGCGAGUGUUUUCAGGUAUAACAAAAGUCAAUAAAGUCCAAGCUAAACAAGCAGGGAGUUUUUGUCAGUGCAAAUGAAAACAAGGUGAUGGUGGGUGUGAUCUCAAGAGUUGAAUUGUUCACGCAAAUAUUUUGAGUUCAAAUGAUAUAAACUGAAAACUGUAACUGUAUGACUGUGUAUAAAGUGGGUUUGAAGCCCGCUUUGAAUGCCUGAUGUAUGAAUACUGUUGUGCGGUAUUGUCGUUGCCGUGAAGGAGAACUGAUGAUAUGGAAGUGUAACCUGAAAACUGAAUUUUGAAAACUUAAAUACUACUCAUUAAUUAUUCUAUUUUCUCUGCUUUAUAGAUGUUUUAACCGUGCAACUUUUUUGAAAAUGUUUACUGCAAAGAAGAGCUUUCAUUGUGUACUGAGUACAUACCAUUAAAAUGACGUUUAUUUUGUUCAAAUAAAUAUAAAAUUGUUCUGGUGCUCCGCCCUUUCUUUAUUUCUUUGUCUUCUAUUCUAGUUUAGCCCGAGGCUGGCACCUUCAACGGUAAUUGAUGCUUUCAAAAAGCAUCCCCUGUCCUCGAUAUGCAAUUGUGAUAACAUAUUUUAUUACCUGAUUAGUAGUUCGCAAAUCCCUCUUAAAAGACGUUUGAAACGUCGCUCAUAUUUUUUGCUAUCGUUUUCUGUAAAUCAAUUUUACAAGAUCAAUAUUUUAUAUGCGAAAAUUUGGAAAUUUGUGCAUUAUUUUUGUUUGUUCUCAAUAACAUUUGAUUUGUUUGCAGGAUUGCCUUUGAUUUUGUCGUUAUCUCAGUAACGAGCAGAGAAAGAACUGUAUAUGUCUGUAAAUCAAGUGUUUUGACCCAAAAUUAAAAUUUGCAGCUCACUGAUAUUUGACGGACACUAAGUCAUGUCGCUUGUCUUCUGACUGAAUGGCCAUUGUUUGAAUCCAUUCAAUCGAACUGCUGUUCAAAGAAGGCUCCGCCGCUGUUCUUUAAUUAUGUACAUUCUUUAUUUUCAAUCAAAACUUCAGUUAA